UAUAAAGCUCAAUUGUGAUUUGUUGUUUAAAUUUAACAAUUUGUUGAAAAUUUACUUCAAGUGGAUAACGUACCAUAUAUAAAUAAAAGCUGAAUAGACCUACAUGCUUGUUAAUAAAGAUUUAAAUCACAGUUUUACAAUAACUACAAGGAGUAAGGCACAAAUCUUAUAAUAUAAUGGCAUGUAAAUGUCCUGAUAUUGGUUGGGGUGUAGCCUGGUUCUUAGUCUUUUUAUUAUCAUUACCGGUUGGAUUCUUGUGUGCAUUCCUCUACGUCAUAUGUUCAAUAUUUCGUGCCUGUUUCGAAGGAUGUAUGAAGAUUACAGAUGGACUGUUGAAAGGUGCAGAAUUACCGUUAGUGUGUAUGAGGAAAACUAUUGCUGGUGAAAAAAUGUGCUAGUAAUUUGUAAUUAUAUGCUGGUUUAUUAAUUAUUCUAUGAACAAUUAUUAUCAUCAUUAUCAUAAUAUUUGACUGUUAUUAUACUGCUGAUAAUUUGUAUUUCAUCAUUUUGACAAUGUACACAAGGUAUUUUGUUCACCUUUUUAUAUAAUAUUCCUCCUUUUUAUAAAUUCUGUAAAUGUAAACACUUAUUUGGUCACAAAUAAUAUGAUAUUUGUGUUCGAUGUUUAGCUUAAUGUAUGGGAUUAAACAGAUGCAUUGAAUCACUUGAAGACACAUUCGGUAGGCCUUAAAGUGAAGUAACAUGCUGAAAGAGGAUUUUAUGCUGAAAUGAACCAAGGUGUGAUCCCUACGGAGAUAGAUACAAUCGUAUACGAAUUUUAUUUCCUACCCAAAUUAAAUCAAAUAAAUACCUGGUCGGUAGGCCUUGUGUGUCGGUGGCACAGUGGU